AUCGCAGAGAAAGGGAGCGAAAUGCUACCCUUAUUAUUGACAUGAAUGGUGCCACAACAGAGAUUACAGACCCAGAAGGAGGUGACGAACCAAGGAAAUUUACAUUUGACUACAGUUUCUGGUCACACGAUGGAAGCAAAGAGGAAUCCAAUGGCUACUAUGGCCCUGACACUUCACACCCAAAUGGAAAGAAAUUUGCUGAUCAGAAAAAAGUUUAUGAUUCGCUGGGAGUUGCGGUUCUUCAGAAUGCCUGGGAGGGCUAUAACAGCACAUUGUUUGCCUACGGUCAGACUGGCUCUGGAAAAAGUUGGUCCGUCGUUGGUUAUGGGAUUAACAAAGGUAUUGUACCUAUGUUUUGUGACGACGUGUUUAAGCAAGUGGAAGCAAAGAAGGCCGAGGGAGACAAAACAGAAUUUGAGAUCACAUUUAGCAUGUUGGAAAUUUACAAUGAACAAGUUCGUGACCUCCUUGACAGUCGAACAAAGAAAGGUGGACUUAGAGUCCGACAGCACCCAAAACUGGGAUUUUACGCUGAAGGUCUGAAAAUUGUACCAGUAAAGAGUUACACCGACAUUGAGGCCAGAAUGGAGGAAGGCACACAAAACAGGACUGUUGCUUCUACAAACAUGAACGCCACCAGCAGUCGAGCUCACACCAUUGUUGGAAUCACAUUUAUUCAGAAAUUCCAGAAUGCUGCCGGAGAGGAUACCACAAAAUCAGCUGUCACCAAUCUGGUGGACUUGGCUGGCAGUGAGAGAGCGGAGAGUACUGGAGCCACUGGGGACAGGCUAAAGGAGGGAGCGGCCAUUAAUCAGUCUCUCUCAUGUCUGGGUAACGUGAUCGCAGCGCUAGCAGACAGAUCAUCAGGAAAAAAUACCCGAGUUCCCUACCGAGACUCUGUCCUGACCAAGCUGUUGAAGAACGCCUUGGGAGGUAACAGUAAGACCAUCAUGAUCGCUGCCCUGUCCCCCGCCGACAUUAACUACGACGAGACCCUGUCCACUCUCAGGUACGCAGACAGAGCCAAGCAGAUCAAGAACUCCACCUCAGUCAAUGAGGACCCCACAGAGAAACUGAUCCGAGAGUUACAGGAGGAAAACGAGAAGCUGAAGGCCAUGUUGGCCUCGGGUAAACUCGAGAUGGUGGCGGGCGAAGAGGAUGAAGAUUUAACGGAGGAAGAGAAGAAACAGAUAAAGGAAGAACUAGAAGAUCAGUACAAAUCUAUUCUGGACAAAAAUGCCCAAGAAAUGGAGGAUAUGAAGAAAACCUUUGAGGAGAAACUGAAGGAGGCUGAACAGAAAGGUGGUGGAGGAGGGACUGAUUACCAUGCCAUUGCUGAGAAGAAGAAGACGGUCCCCCACUUGUCUAACCUGAACCUUGACCCCCAGCUGUCAGGACACAUAAGUCAUUUCCUGGAGGCCCCCGAAAUUUGCCUCGGAUUUGAAGGGGACAUUGUUUUGAAAGGGCCAAGUGUUGCAGCUAAACAUGCCAUAAUCAGAAAUGAUGGGGGGAAGUUCACCAUUGAACCGUGCGACGUUACCAACAGAUUGUUACAGAACGGGAAGGCGGUAGUGUCCAAACAACCCCUCAACCAUAAUGACAGAUUGAUCUUUGGAACCACACAGUACUUUGUGUUUGUAAAUCCUAAAGAAAGGGACUCCUCUAAACAGAAGUAUCCCGAGGUGACGUUUGAAAUGGCUCAGGAGGAGGUGGCUAAAAAGUCCGGAUUUGACAUGAGUGGAGAAAACAAGUCUAGAGAUGAUGCCCUGUUACAAGAAGACAUGUUGGAGAUCAUGCCAGCAGUGGAGGAAGCUAAUGCCAUCAGUCAGGAACUGGACAAAAAGAUGAAGUUUGAGUCGAUGAUUGUGUCCCCCGAGGCGCGGGGCGAACAGACGGGUCGGACAGAGGUCAUGAUCAAGGCCACAAACGUAGAGACCAAACACGAAUGGAUCUGGCCCAAGGUCAAGUUCAUGAACAGGAAGUAUGUGAUGCAGGAGAUGUACAAUGACUUCUUGGAUGGAGACGACCCCUGGGAUUUACCACCAGAGAAGGAUCCAUUCAUUGAUGACAUCAAUGCAGAGUUCCAUAUUGGUAGUGUGAAAAUCUGGCUGCAGUCAACCUCAUACAUGAUAUCUAUGAAGGAACAGUUGGAUGUUAUUGACUACCGAGGCUAUGAAGUGGGAAAAGUCAAUAUUGAGCUAGUCCCCUGUGAUAAAUCUGGUAAGGAGAUAUCUGAAGAUGAAGUAUUUGUAGAGGACCCAUCAGAACUCAUAGGUAAAGAUGUCUUCUUCAAACUGAAGCUUGAGAAUGCCAUGGGUCUACCAUCCAAGUUCACGGAUCUGUAUGCCAAAUAUAUUUUCAAUCAUGAACAAAAACCAUAUGAAACCAAGAAGUUGAGCAAUACCAUCAACCCUCAAUGGAAAUUUAACCAAGUUCAUGGAUUUGCAAAAUGCACAGCUGAUGACCUUGAAUUCCUGAAAGAUGGAGCCAUCAUGCUGCAGGUCUGGGGAAAACAGAAGCCUCCAAAGGAGAAGAGAAGUGUGAACACGAAGGAUGCCCUGGUUAAAGGAGCCCUGACCAAGGGUCAGUCCCACAAUGUCAACACCAACAACAAGAAGGUGGACCCAGAGAAGGUCAAGUACAUGGUCAAGUGUGCAGUGUUAGAGAAGAAGACACAACAUCUAGAACAGAAACUGGCAGCCAUGAAGAGAAUGUUGGAGGAAGCAAACAAACACAAGAAGAGGAAGCUGACGAUAGAACUGAUCCAGAAGAUCUACCACGCCCCCUCUAGUGACGCCGCCGAGAAAUGUAUUGCUCUUAUUCCACAGGAAAAAGAUGACACAUCAUCGGAAUCAUCUAAAUCUUCUUCUUCAUCGUCUUCUUCAUCUGAUGAGGAGAAAAAGAAAACCAAAAAAGAUGCUAAGGAGAAAAAGAAAGCUAAAGCAGUAUUAAAGAAAAAGGAAAAACCGGCCUCGGCAAAGUCUAAUCGGUCACCGCGUCCCCCACCAAAUAAAGCCCGGGCUCAAACAUCUGACGCCAUCCGAAGCCAGAAACAAUCCAGUUCUUGUGUACUCUUAUAACUGUUAACCCGGGACUUAAAAUCUGAUUGACCUUCUUUAAGUUUGUUUUUGGGAACAAGGAUGACUGAUAUUUAUAUUUUUUUCCGUCCAUGUUUUAUUUAAAUUGUUGCAUAAUUUAUUUCACCUGCUAGAUAUUACCAGUAUUUCUCCAGAUGCUUUGCUCAGUUUUAUUUUUUUAUACUGUUGUGUUCCCCCUCAUUCAGUAGAUUCCCUCUCUACAUAAUACAAAAAUGUGUCGUUAUUUAAUCCAGUUAAUGAGAACAUUUUUAUUUAUUUUCAACACACAUAUCAUAUUUAUUACAAUGCUGUACAAUAUUAUUGUAUG